AUGAAGAUCAACCCUAUCGUUCUAUUCGCACUCUCGAGCAGUGCUGUGGUGCUGGCCGCCCCGACUCCUCAGGGCUGGAACCUGCUCAAAGGCGCGGGCAAGCUCGUGGGCAAGGGCAAGGGCGAAUCGUCCAGUGCCGCUCGUGAGCUCGAGGACGACUUCAAGUGGGAUGGUCUGCCCGAAGGAUCCGCCGGCGGCUCCAGCAAGGCCGCAUCGGAAAGCUCGAGCCCAAAGCAUGCCCGCGUUGAUAUCGAACAGCCCGCUCCUCAACGUCCAGUCACGCCUGCCUCGGCUGCUGCACCUGCUGCACCUGCUGUGCAGGCUCAUCCUGGCGCUCCUCAGCAAGUGCCUGCUCAGGGAAUGUACCACUCGGGUCCUCCCGGUGGAUACUACCAGGCUGCACCUCAACCCUAUCCGUACCACUACGGAGGUGCACCUGCCCAUCCGGACCCGCACUAUGGCGGUGCGGUGCCCGCGUACGCCCGCGACGACUCGAUGGGCGAGUUCGUUCGUAGCCGUCAGGGCGACCCUCGCUUCUAUCACCCCGACACAUCGUGGAUGACCUGGACCGCCGCUGAGAGGCACCACGCCCAGAUGGAGGCCGAAAAGGCAAACGAGCGCACCGGCUGGUUCUGGUAA